AUGGCGGACUCUAAACGGGUCCUCGAAGAGGGCGGAGCCGUAGAGCCGGCAAUCAAAAAGAAAGGAUUGGGCACUAGAAUCAAUCGAAUGAUGGAUAAGGCUUUGACAAGAGCCUCAUUCGAUGAAGAAAUGGACGAGGAAAUCUCGUCUGGCUGCAACAUCAUCUUCACCGUUCUCACUGUUUGUCUUAUCAUUUUUGGAGUGGCAAGACGAGAGGAAUGCGAUGGUCAACCAAUGAUUCCAGUUUUCAUUAUUGUUUUGGGUUGUUUGUGGCUGGCGAAAGAUAUCAUUGAGAGGUUGAGAAGGAAAUAUCAAAGAAAGCGCGAAUCCCCAUUGCCAAGUGAGGAUGGAGAGGAGAGAGACAAAAUUGGAGAAUCCGGAUUCCCAUUGCCAUGCGGAUACAUUCAUUUCUUGUUGAAUGGAGCUAUUUUUGUUUGGUUCCUAUUCGGCUGCUACUGGGUAUUUGGCUCCUGGACCGCCCGUGCCUACUGUGACUGGUGGACCUUCCAUCUGGCUGCUUUUUAUCUCAUUUUCUCAAUUUUCUGCCUAAUCAUGGGACUUUUCUGUUGUCUGAUAAGAUGA